CCUUGCGUGUGCCUUUUUUCCUUUGUUGUGUUUGUUUGUGUUUUCUCGAGGUCGCCCGGAGCACGCGCGCAAACCCCACAAACAACACACAGCAAAGAUUUGGGGCGUUAUUUAUCGUCAUCCUCAGCUUGUUUCCCUGUGCACCAGAGCUCGGGAACGAGGUUGACGCUCCUAUUCUCUCCCCGGCAGCUUAAAUACCCACCUCCGCGUGUCAGCAUUGCAUGCCCGCUGCGGCUCCUGGACCACCCUCCUCCUCUUCCUCCUCCCAUCGCCGCUCUGCUCUGACUUGACGUGACGCUCAACCAACCAACCAGCAGCCACACAUGGAGCAACAGGCGUCGCCGACCACCUCCUACAACGACCAAUCCUCCCAGGACUCCUCCUCUCCUCCAACUCCUCCCCUUCAGCAACUGCACAUCUCCGGGCCCAGCAGCGGCAACAGUGCUGGCCAGGCACAGCCGUCGUGCUUUGGCGACCAGGCCCUUCUACUUCGGCAUCGAAACCCGGCCUGGCCCGUGGCGUCAUGCCAGUUUGACCGGCUGCCAGCACGCUUCCCAGCACCGCGCCGCUCCAGCACAUCCAAGGCCGCCCCGACACCCCGGCCAACCAGAGCGAUUCGCAGUCAUGGCGGCUCCCCAACGGCCUCUCGUCGCCGCCGCUCAAAGAACUCCCGCAAAGCGUCCCAGCCGUACCGCAGCGCACCUGUAUCGCCAACUGGCAGCGGGCGCCGCAGUCCCGUCCACCCGUCCGCACUCGUCGCUGCCCUCCGCGACUCGGACAUCUCCAAGCAUGUGAGGGAGGCGGUGCGAGACAUCAUGAUCAUCACGCCGAUGCCGGAUGUGACGCAGGCGCCCACAGCGCUUGCCGUCGCUGACAGCGAGUACCACUAUGUUGGCGCCCCUGCCAUCCCGGAUAUGGACCCACCCUUUCGCCUGCGCCUGGUACUGGACAAUCUCGACUCGUCGCUGCGCAAGGACCGCUGCCAGCGGGUGCUGUCGCGCCCGGCGAGCGACGAGGAGUUGCUGUUGUGCCACACCCCCGGCCACGUCAACGUAUACGGCAGCGCCACCAGCACCCCCGCCCGCGCAGCCGUGCUCGGAUACACCAUGGACCGCCUGGUGCCGAAGGACCAGCGCGCAGCCGCACACGCAGCGCGUCUGGCCUGUGGCGCAACCAUCGACGCCGCCUUGGCCGUGGCCACGGGGCAGUGCCUCAACGCCAUGGUUGCCUGCCGCCCAGCAGGGCACCUCGCCCACUCGUCGCAGGCGCGCGGGUAUUGUGUCUUCAACAACGUCGCUGUUGCAGCAAAGGUCUGCCUCCAGCAGCCGUCCGUCUCCCGCGUCAUGAUCGUGGACAUUGACCACCGCCACGGCGCGGGCACGGAGGAGAUAUUCCUGCACAACCCGAAUGUGAUGGUGGUGUCGCUGCACCGGUAUGACGACGGCCACUUCUUCCCCCACACGGGCCGCGUCUCAGAUGCAGGCGUCGGUGACGGCAGGGGAACAAACGUCAACGUGGCCUGGCACUCCACCCCAACAGGCAUGGGCGAUUCGGAAUACCUUGCUGCCUUCCGCUCCAUCGUGCUGCCGCUCUGCGUCGAGUUUUCUCCCGACAUCAUCCUCAUCUCCGCGGGCUUUGACGGCUGCGCAUAUGCAAACCUGCCCCAGGAGUACGGCGGCUACCACCUCUCCCCAGCGGUGUACGGGUACCUGAUCCGCAUGCUGAUGGCAUCUGUUGGCGGCAAGGUCGUCGUCUCCCUCGAGGGCGCCGCGGACUCGACGUCCUCCACUGCGUGCAUGUCCGUGUGCAUCCGUGCGCUCCUUGGCGACCCGCUCCCCAUGCUCCCGGACCCGGCGGAGCUGCCAAACAAGGCCUGCCUCGACACCCUCAAGGAGGUGGUGCAAGUGCACAGCAAGUAUUGGAAGUCGCUUGCCGAAUCGCUGUCUCUGGCCAACGUCGCACCCAACGACUACUUCAAGUUCCAGCCCGUCAGCCUCACGGGCUCAAAGUUCUGCGCCCCGCCCACGGUGCUGAAUCCGCGACGAACGUCGCUGCCGAUGACGAUGGCGCCACCGACGAUUGUUGAGACGGAGGCGGAGCUGAUUGCCACCAAUCCCGCGCUGGCGGCGCUUGACGAGGAGGACCGCAGUCUCAUCUUCAGCCUCACCACCCUCAAGUACACCGCCCAGCACCAGCACGGCCUCGUCAUGCCGGAGGACGACGAUGAGGCCGCGUCCUCGCAGCAGCAAUAGUCGCUUUUGCUGCUGCUGCUGGUGGUGGUGGCGUGGGAAUGUGCUGCUGCGUUUGGCGGUGAUGAUGAUGGUGGUGGUGGCCACUUGUUGUCAGCGCACACCACUCUUUGGUUUCGGGGUUUUCCCCUUUGGUUUUCCUCUUCCUAACGUUGUGCUUGACUGGGUGAAUAUGUGUGUAUGUAUAUGUGUGUAUGUAUAUGUGUGUGUGUUUGGUGUUGUGUUGCUCCGCCUGGUGUGAUGACGUGGCUCAUGACGGCAUUCCGUCAACUGCGGCCUGCACAUGCAUGUUUUGUGUCUCGUCAUGACUGUAACAACUGUAAUUUCUCUGUUUAACUGUCUUUUUGUCACGGCUUUCGUUGUGCGUGUGUGCGUGUGCAUGUGUGCGUGUGCGUGUGUGCGUGUGCAUGCGACCUCGUGCACAACUUCCUUGUGCCGCUGUCCCCCUUUUCUAACCGGGCGUGUUGGCAACUGGCAUGCCCGUUCUCGGUUGCCUGAAUGUAUGUUCAUGUGUCGUCAAUGUGUGUGUGUGUGUGUGUGUGUGUGUGUGUGUGUGUGUGUGUGUGUGUGUGUGUGUGUGUGUGUGUGUGUGUGUGUGUGUGUGUGUGUGUGUGUCGUGGUGAAUGGUUUAAUGAUGAUUUUGAUGCGAACCUGUUUGACUGCAAAUUAAAAGACGCCUCCCCACA